CCUUGUCACACCGCGAUUAUUGGCACGCUCUUCGACUGGUCAGGCGCACUCUUGGAUGUGGGUUUCCUCUGAAUACACACUUUUUGUAUCAUUGGACAAUACAGUGUAGAAAGAAGAUCCCUUGUUAGCUUCAUGAUUUACAGAUCAUUGCGAACCGAGGUUCCGCAGAGGACCGCUGCAGCUGCGUUAGAAGCAGCAAAAUCCCGGCAUUCUCUGGUGCGAAUCCAACAAUCGUUUGGAACGUCACUUGUUCUGCGCAUCGGCGGUGGACUCCGGUGGCGGUUGCAGCAUGACGGACGUUCAGAAACGGCUUCGAAAAGAACUCAUGGAGCUAUUGAUGUCGUCCCCCAUAGGUAUCACAGCUUUCCCGGAUGGCGAGAACUUGACCCGAUGGCUGGCUUCUAUUCAAGGUCCCGAUGAGACGGUUUAUGAAGGUCAGCGAUACAAACUAUUGCUAGAAUUCGGAUCAAAUUACCCCUACAGUCCCCCCACUGUUCGAUUUGUUUCCCGCUGUUAUCAUCCAAACGUUGACACCCGCGGAACCAUAUGCCUGGACAUCCUCAAAGAGAAGUGGUCUCCUCUGCUGACAGUGGAAAAUUUGCUGCUGUCCAUACGUAGUCUGUUGGCAGAACCCAACAAUGACAGCCCACUGAACGGACAAGCGGCCCAGUUAUGGAGUAACCAAUCUGCAUUUCGGGCUGAAAUGCUCAAGUUCCAAGCCUCCAACUCCUAGCUCCCUACUACGAUUUAUUGUACAGCUGGUCGCUUCUCCGAUAUGACGAAUGGACUCUAUCACAAUGUUUCCUCCGUGUCACUAACUGCGACCACAUUCCUUAUGUGAACUAUAAAAUGUCUUUAUCAUAAAAAUGUGCGCUUUUCUUUGUAAAAGCCUUAUAAAGAAUGAUACAUGUGCAAAAAAGUCAAGAGAAAGAUGACGAGAUCACAGCACAUAGUGAAUAU